ACCACUAUACAGCAUGAUCACCAUUACGAUCAGACGUGACUUCUUCAACUCCAACGAGGCCCGAUGACGGAUAAUAAUACAAGUAAUCAUGUGGAGCUUACCGGGAUGUAGUUGAGCUUCGGGGCACCUUGUGCUCCACCGAACGCUCCGGUUAAAGACCAGCCAGCCUGCUCACAGUCCGACCCAGCAAGACUCCCACAACCGAGCUCUGUCUCGCUUCCUCGACGAAGACUGCAAGCAAACAAGUCGGAGCUUCCACCACCAACGAAGACGGGCAGCACUCCACGCCGAGACGAGCACGCUUCCCCUCGCGUUCCAUCCACUCCACUCCGCGACGGAGAGCCGAUCGGCUCGGAUCCUGCACCUCCAGCCGCUACACGGAGCUUUGGGUUGGCCAGCGAGCUGAACAACACAACGACCAGCAGCAGCGAGGCUCGGGCUGACACACGGGCCGAGCCCUGUCCCCCUCUCGCCGGGCGCAAAGUCAGCAGAUGCUCGGCGAACAAAAGUCUCCACGUUGGUUGAUGAUUGCUGCCUGUUCUUCUAACGUUUUACAUAACAAGAGGAGGAACGUUCUACACAUCCUACUUCGCUGCUGCUGGAGCAUGUGAUGGCAACAUGGUGAGCCUUUUAAAGGGGUAUCCACGCGUGACUCACGCACGUACACGCUCACACGUACGCGACCCACCCUGUCAACUUCGCAGGGGAGCUCCACUGUGACGUUCCUGUGUUAAUGCAAGCACCUACUGUAUGUACAACAACUACAUGCAACACCUGUGCACAACACCCGUGUACCUCCUGUUGCACGCACUUGCUAACGUUCUAAACUGUCACGCAAGUGUAAAAGGAAGUUAAGCACUGCAAAAAGUAAUGACAUCAAAGCUUAUCCGUGAUGAACCGCGGAAGACUGAUUUGUUUGGAUUUAGAAUAAUUUUUUCCCCAUAACAACAAAUGGCAAGAGAAUAAAUCCGUCCCAGGGUCAAACUAUGUCCGUCAUUUGUAAGCAGGGAUGUCCUGAUCCACAUUUUUGGCUUCAGAUCGAUCCAAUUUUUUUUUAUUAAUAAGCAUAGUUACAAACAUCAAUUUGUGGACUUGAAAAUGAUUAUGAAAAUAGCUCUUCAAAACAUUAAAAAGAAUGUAAGCAAAGUAUUGCUAAAUGUACUUUAUUAUUACACAGCAUGACUAACAAUAUUGUUUGGCUUUUGAAACAAACCUCUGUGAGUCAGGUCCCUAAUCCAAUAAUAGAUCCAAUAAAAGUCCAUCCAAUAAAAGAUCAAAUUGGAAAAAAUGGGCGUGCAAAAUACUUUUAGGGUAGCACUAAUCAUUUGACAUGGUUAUUGAUCAAUUUGCGGUGUGACAAACUCUUUUCAACGCAAAAGUAAUUCAAUGACGGUCCCUAGUAUAGACAACCAAUGGUUAGAGCGGCACUUCCCGUGUGAGCUCCCCGCACCAUGACACAGCAGUCCAGGCAGAGUGAGAGGGAACUAUCGCUGUAGCUAUGGAGCCGAACAUCCAACGUAAAACUAGCUGCAUGGUGGUGUUGCGUUUUCUUCUUCUUGCAGGUGACGGGAGUCGAGUGGCAACCAGCUUUGAGGCGCAUUACCGCACCUACCGUGUUGGAGUGUGGCCCAGAGUUACGAACGCUAAACGGCAACCGGAUUGGCCCGAUCUCGUGGCAGAAGCCGAUACUAUCCGAUCUUCAAAAUAAAGAGUAUCGGCAGCCGAUCCCGAUCCUGAAGCUCUGAUCUGGACAUGCCUAUUUUUAACCAGUGGAAAACAACAAACAUGUCCAUGCCUUCAAUCAAUCCAUGGUCUCUGGAUGAUGCUUUGCAAAGCUCAGAGGUGAAACUUUAAUGACUCCCAGCCUUCAGAAGUUUCCAGAAGGUUUGUUUUGCUGUCUUUAUAAUGAGCAAUCAUCACAGUCUCUCUCUCUCUCUCUCUCUCCACUCUUGUCACAUCUCGGAGAACUUUGAUAACAAGCGUCUCCUCACCGAUGCUCCAAAGUGAGGAGUCACUGAUCCAAUCAUGCUGGAGUUGUCCAUCCACCUCCUGAUAUUAAGAGUGGUCCUCUCCUGCAUGGGGCUGGUGGGUAAUGCGGUCCUCAUCCUUUCCAUCAUUCACACCGGGGUCUCCCCACUCAAAACAUUCAAGCUGUUUCUUCUGGGAUUGGCCACGGCCAACCUGGAGGAGAUUCUCAUCAUCAACAUCGAUGACGUCCUUCAGACCUCGUACGUCGUCUCGGACGCUUGGUCCUGUCGCUCGCUGAAGUUCCUGACCGUGUUUGGAGAAAUUAGCAGCAUCCUCUUCACCGUCCUCAUCAGCAUCUAUCGCUACCAGAAGAUGAGAGAUAGCAACAAAAGGGUCCACCUUCCCAUCUACCUGGACAACAUCCGGGCGGCCUGGAUGGUGAGCGGGCUUUGCGUCGGCAUCUCCGUUGUCCUGAGCACCCCUAUCUUUGUCAUGAACCUGCAAGGCCAGGCAGGGAACCUCACGAGGAACCACACAGGAUGCCCAUUGGACUUCUUCCUUUGCAGCAACCAUCACUGUCCAACAGUCAACCGCGUUUACAAGUACGUCUUCCUCCUGCUGUGCAAUCUACUGCCUCUGAUCGUUGUCACGCUCACCAGCGGUCUCAUCGUCGCUGUGCUGCUCAGUCGGACGACGACUGUGAUGCCCAUUGCCAGCGUGAGCGGCUCGACGCAGACCGUGAGAAAGCGUAACAGUCGGAGGCUUCACCGGAGCACCGUCGCUAUCCUGGCGGCCAUGGCGCUCUUCCAGGUGGACUGGACUCUCUAUCUGGUCUUCCAGAUGGCUUUCAACCCCACAGAUGUCCCGUUUUGGGCGGAAUUGGAGUUCUUUAUAUCCACGUCCUAUACGUCCAUUAGUCCAUACGUGUACGGGACUGGGAAUAGCUUGUUCUCCGUCAAGAACUUUAGAAGAAUGUUCUUGUAGUGGCAAAGGUGGGAAAAUGGUGAAGCACCUUAUUUCUGCUUGUUUGUACGUCCGAUUGUUAGUUCCAAAGCUACUUUGUGGGUCAUGGAGAAUGACGGAGCAUGUCACAAAUAGAUGGGUGUGGGACUCUGUAGUCCUGAGUCAGGGUGGGCAAUCCAAUGCCAAGUCAAUACAGAGAAAGUACUCAUUGAUACUGACACUUUUUCUUUCUUUACACUUUUUUCAGGAUCAUUGAAUGAUUUUGCCUUAAAUUGAUUAUUAUCAGAAUGAAACACAGGACACAGACUUUAGGAAAACAAAUAUAUUAUCAACAACCUUAUUUGUGAACAAUUUAACAAACAAUAAUAAUUGAUUGAUAAUUGAUUCUUAUACGCAUCGCGAUGCGGACAUUGACGAUUAUUAAUGGAUUCAUAAAUUAAAAUAAUCCAUGCCGACGGAACAAAAAGACGGAAAGCGGAAGUGCAGCCUGGACGGUUUAUGGUGGUGCACCUAGGCGUAAGACGCUACCAGAACGGCUGAGCGUAAACUCCGACUCGCACCCGCUGGAUUCAAAGCGAGCGUCUGGAAGCGCUUUGGCUUUCACGUCGUUGAAGGUAAAAGAGAUUUGGACAACAGCCAGACAAUAUGCAAGCUUUGUCAUACAAGCUUCAGAUACUUUGGGAACACGACAAAUAUGAGAAAGCACAUAACACGUUUCCACCCCAACCAGCCAGAGAACCAUCGAGCAGGUGAUAACUAAUUUUCCACCCAACUCUUUGGAAAAGUGUUUCUGCUUGAAACACUUUUAUUGCAAAGGAUUUGCGGUCGUAUACGCUGCUACUGGUGCACUUCACUUGUCCUGCUGGUGCCGUGCAAUGGGAAAUAUGUUGGUAGAUGGAACCUUCCAGUUAUUCAAAGAUAAUGGAAGUCAAUUCAUCUGUGUCAUGUUUAUUUUAAUUGGGGAUCAUUACAAUGCUUAUAUGCUUUGUUUUAGUAGUACAUAGUGAGUAAAAAGAAAUUAUAUGGAGAAAAAAAACAUGCUUGAAAAAAUUGACAAACUAUUGAUUACAAAAAAGGAUGCAUCGAUCAUCGAAUCGCAGGCCUCUGAAUCGUAAUCACAUCGAAUCGUGAGGUGACCAGAGAUUCCCACCCCUACUAAAUAAAAUAUAAGGAUUGUUCAUAUUGUAGAAGAAACAAUUGCUUCAGCAAAAUGAAGUCAAUAGUGCCAGAGAUAAACAAAAACUCCUAUUGGCAUUCAAAUCCUUCAAAGUCCAAACACACACUCAGAUAUUUUUGAAAAUAAAGACAGAAGAGAACUGAAAAACAUAGAUCUCGUCACGCUUUCAAUUGCUAUCAAUAAUGGUAUCGAUCCACCCGGCUCUACUCCUGAGUACCAUCCUGAACCAAACGACCAAAAGCUUUGCACCAAAAUGUAAGAGGCCGUUUCUCACCACAUGUUUUUGCGUAAUCCUGCCGUUUAGUUUUAUUGGACUGAGCGACUUUCACAUUCAAUAAAAACUGCAGCACAUUAUAAUCCCCCCCACCCCCUCACCCUGGAGAGGGGGUUUAUUGCAGAGCUUUUCUAUCAUAUGCCACUGUUUUUAUCUGCCUAAUAAAUAUUAAAGUGGGUGCACAUUACGUCAAUAAUCACUUUUCUUAGUUCUAGGGUUUGGAGGGAAUACCUCUUUUUUGUCUCCAAACAAAUGUGUCCUCUUCUUAAGUAAAGCAACCGUAUAUCUUUAGUCAUUAUAUUUCUUGUGUGCUUUAGUUUUUCUCUGUAAAAAAAAUGCAAUGAGAUGUGCCAAACUAGUGUUGGUAUUGACACUUUGUCACCUAAUGACUGUUUUAUAACCGUUGAAUCCUGACAUGACUCCAUCAUUCACUCCAGCGUCAAUUCAUCUCCAUCAUAAAACCUUUAUUAACUCUGCAUGCGAUGUUUUAAGUCACAUUUUAACAUGAUUUGCUGCCAUACAGGUUCAAUAUGUUGCAGGUAAAUAAAAGGUGUAUCCACCAUUCUCUUGUUGUGGUUCACUUUGCUGUCUACAUUCUUGCAUGUUUGUGAAUAUGUCGACGUUAACGCAUUAACAGACAUUUCCUUUAACGGCACUCAUUUUUUGGACGCGUGAUUAACGUGCACAUGUCUUGUUUGACCCUCGUCCCACACCGUAGUUUGAGGAAGCACGAAAUGAAUACAAAGCCACCAUCUGCCAGAGAGGCCGUCCACCCAACAAACAAGCACAUUAGCGCUCAAUAAGGUCAUCAAAUGUGACCUUUAUGCAUUCCCACAUAGUAUCAGAACUUGGAAGCAAAUGUGAGGUGAAAGAAAAAGGAUCAAAAUACAGUAUAGUGGUCUAUCUGUACUGCAUGGGACAACUGUACAAGGUGCGUUCAAGGACUUGCUUUAAACAUGCAAAAACUGGGGGAUUUCUAAAUGUGGAUUGAUUUCUGAAUUAAAUAAUGGCCGAUAUUUCCAAAAGUGACAACCCUUUGCAUAAAUGAUGUAGUUCUCCUCGUUACGUAUCAAAUUGUUUACCACUAAGAGAUUUACAUCCCUACUUAUUAUAGAUAAACACGUAUUUCUAUCUGCGAUUAUGCGUGACUAAUUAUUCGUUAACUAUUGACAACAUGUGAUUAAUCAUGAUUAAAUAUUUUAAUCGAUUGACAGCUGUAAUAUAUAUGUGCAUGGCUCAGAUCAAGGGUACCCUUUUCUGUCUUCAACUUCACUUGAGUAGUAUUUGAAGUUGUUGUUCUAACAAUGUGUACUAUCCCUAUCACUCUGACGUUUAUAGAGUGAGGAAGCUUACCAAACCAUAAAUUAAGCCUGUUCAUGUUUUUAUUUCGCGCUAGCACGGCUAUGUUGUAAAAAAGUGUCUAUAUUUGGACAUUGAAAUGUUCCAUGUAAAGCCUGUCUACUUUUGUUGUGAAAUUAACAAUAUUUUCUCUGAUAAUUGUGUCAUGAUUUCUACUUAGAAUUAAAGAAUGUCGUCUGAAAUUGGUUUCUAAUGUGUUUUAUUGAAAUAUUCUCAGUGUAAAAAAAAAACAACUGUUGUGUAAUCAUUAGUGAAAAGUACAUAACCUUCGUGUCCGCCUGCUGCUGAAAAUUUUGAAGAACAUAAUUCCAUGGAAAAACAAACCCCACGAUUACAAUGGUAUAUAUUCAUGGAAUAAUUACUCAACUCUGCAACUAAAGUGAUUUUUUUGUGUAUAAAAGAGUAAAAUAAGAUUAUUUGAACAAAAGUCUAACACCGAGUGGACACCGAGUUAUGUACUUUACAUUUAAGAAAGAGUGAACUUGGGAGGGUUGCUAUGGGAAAUGGAAGAUGUCUCCAGCUCUGGUAUGUUGGGUGUGUGUUUUGCAAUGUCUGAAGUUUGUCUUGAUAACAUUACCAAGGUCUAU